AUGCUGAGCUUGCAGAAAGACCAAAUUCCGAAUCGCGGCGAUAACUCAACAUUACUGGAUUACAAUGAAGAUCUACCGAAAGAAGUAGAUUGGAAAGCAAGGGGCGCUGUGACCACAGUGAAGGAUCAAGGGCAUUGCGAAUCUUGUUGGGCCUUUAGUGCAGUAGGAGCUAUCGAAGGUCUAAUCUUCCUAAAGAAUGGCACAGUAGCACCUUUGAGUGUUCAAAAUCUAAUAGACUGUGCUAGAGAUGAGUACGUGAACGUGGGAUGUUAUGGAGGGUUGAUGGACUACGCUUUCAACUACACAAGAUAUCAUGGAGUGCUCACAGAUAAAGAGUACCCGUACACAUCCUAUUAUGGCACAGAGGGAAAAUGCAAGAAGCAAGGGGGAGUCAAGAUCAGCGCGUUAAUAGGACCAGUCUCUGUGGCAGUGGACGCCAGUUACUUGAUAUUUUACUCUACAGGAGUAAUAACCAAGAAAUGCGGUUGCAAAAACGGACUUUACGAUUUGAGCCAUGGUGUUCUUGUGGUUGCAUAUAGUGAGGAUUACUGGCUCAUAAAGAACAGCUGGGGAAGAAACUGGGGAGAAGAUGGAUACUUCAUGCUAAAGAGAAAUGACGGAAACACUUGUGGUGUUGCUACGCUAGCUUCCUAUCCCAUUUUGGAUUAG